GAGAAGAGGAGAAGAAGAGACACAACACGAGCUAAUGAUAAUGAUCACGUUAAACUGUUUUAAGUCGGAGAAGUGUUAUUAUUUUAAUCCAUAAUCUUCCUCUUCUUCGGGGUGUUUUCUUAUAACGUGACACUAAGCGUUUUGUUUUAAGACCGGAGGAAAUAUUUCAGACAUGCCUGUCCAGUGCAGUCAUUGCUCACAAAGACGUGCAGUUCUCAAGCGGCCAAAGACAGGACACUCCCUCUGUAAGGACUGCUUCUUCUGGGCUUUUGAGGAGGAGAUCCAUCAAACCAUCGUGUCUGCCGGCCUGUUCAAUCGUCGGGAGACUGUGGCCAUCGGGGCCUCGGGUGGUAAGGACUCUACUGUUCUAGCCCACGUGAUGAAAGUCUUAAAUGAGCGCUAUGAUUAUGGGCUGAACCUUCUGCUGCUGUCUGUGGAUGAGGGCAUCACCGGUUACAGAGACGAUUCGCUGGAAACAGUGAAGAGAAACCAGCAGCAGUAUGAUCUGCCGCUGAAGAUCGUGUCUUAUGAGGAGCUGUACGGCUGGACUAUGGACGCCAUUGUGAAGCAGGUGGGAUUGAAGAAUAACUGCACUUUCUGUGGUGUUUUCCGUCGACAGGCGCUGGACCGGGGAGCCAUGAUGCUGAAAGUAGACAAGAUAUGCACAGGUCACAAUGCAGAUGACGUGGCGGAGACGGUUCUCAUGAACGUUUUGCGCGGGGACAUUGCACGUCUUCGUCGCUGCACAGCCAUUAGCACGGCCAGCGAGGGAGAGGGCGCCAUCCCGCGCUGCAAGCCCCUUAAAUACGCCUACGAGAAAGAGAUCGUCCUCUACGCCUAUUUCAAGAAGCUCGACUACUUCUCCACAGAAUGCAUCUACUCACCCAAUGCGUACCGAGGUCACGCUCGGGCCUUCCUCAAAGACCUGGAGUCCAUCAGGCCCAGCUCCAUCAUCGACAUCAUCCACUCUGGAGAGACCCUCUCGAUAAAGGAGGGCGUGAAGAUGCCGGUCCAGGGAACGUGUUCACGCUGCGGGUAUAUCUCGAGUCAGGCUUUGUGCAAGUCCUGUGUUCUGUUGGAGGGCCUGAAUCGAGGGUUACCCAAGCUGGGCAUCGGAAAACAUCACCGUCUGCAUGGCAAAAUUCUGGCUCAGGAGCCUUUGACAGAGCAGGUACAAAGGAAACUAAAAGCUGUGGAUUUUUGACACAAGAUUACUUUUAAUAAUGACACGUAACUCAACAAAAAUGUAGUUUUAAAGAUGUCCUGGUUUAUUUUAUGAGAUCAUUUUGUUUUAUUUUUAAAGUUUGGGUUAGUUAAACACAACUGAAUGUCACGUUUCAAGCUUUAAUGCCUUAACUCAGAGAAACGAGCUGUUCCUAUCUGAACACGUUUCUGGUUGAAACGACAUUAUAACAAAGUUUUUAAUCAUCAAUUCUAAUUUUACUUCCAAGUCUUUUUUGGAAGAUGUUUUGUUUCACAUUAAACUGUACGUAUUAGAGAAUAAAACAAAUGUGGAAAGGAGUGUUUUUAAUGUACUUCAACUUGUGACCUGAUGUGGUAUAAUCAUGUGUUAAGUUCGCAUAGUUAUAUGUUGGCCAUAAAGUCAUAAAAUAUCGGUGUGUUUGCCGGGAAGACUUUUCAAUUUUCCUCAGGAGGUCAUGAACAAGGGCACAAAGAAUCACAAAUGCUUUUGAUUGAAUUCUUUGUAGAGCUUGAACCUGCAGUGUUUGGCUUGUAUGUCAAGUUUUUUUCUUUAAAUGUUGAUCUGUGUAAUCUCAAUUCAUGUGUUUACAAAUAAAUAAAUGACACGCCUAGGGGUGAAAUUACACCCAAUAACUUAAUAUUUAAGUUUAAUAUUUAGAACCCCCCCCAAAAAACAUGUAAAGAACAUCAUUAAAAAGGUCCCAUGGUGUUUGUUUUGGCCAAAUUUUACAUCCACAAAACAAGAAUAAUCCAAAAAGAAAUGGAAUAGGGAUUUCACAAUGUAGUAAUAACAGAAAUCUACUUAAACCUAUUUCUGUAACUGCCCAAGCAUCAUUUAACAUAUGUACUUAAUUAUCAUAUUAUUUAGUUAUUUUUCUUUGUAUUGCUCUUCGACGGGUUGAGGUUGACCAAUUGAUUUCAAAUGGUUGUAUUUCUCCCUAUAUUUGAUGUGUAGAUUAUUUUAAUAAAAAGAAAUGUG